AGGGGAGUAUGCUUCCUGGAUUCCUCUCCCACAGCCCAUCGACAACAAAAGAAGACGACGAGAAUAGUGUUGCGUCUCAAUGUUUCGCUGUGUUUCUCGUGUGCAGGUUGGAGGUUAUGAGAUGCGUUUAUCGUCGGGGUCGUUAGUUCAGCGGCUGAAUGACGUCACGCUCACUGGAGGCGAUGGAAACCGAGCAUCCUCUGAUUCCUCUCGACUGACAAUCCGGGAAUUUCCCCAAUCGGCUUCGGAUUGCUGACUGGUUUCAAUUUCGCUUUUCCAUUUCGAAAUAAUGACGUGGCUGCAGACGCUUCAUUAGUCUGGCAGGGCUGCACCAGACACAAGUGUCUCCACACUGUUCCGUGUCUCUCCCAAGGGGGGGGAAGAAAAAGGGAGAGUGGAAGUUUAUUUGUUUAACUUUUUUCUAUUUUUUUUACAGAAGGCUUUUACUUUCAUUUCCAUUCGCUCAUUCACAUUCUAAAACAAAGUAUUACCGGACAUCUGCCGACAAGACACUGUGAAUUAUGUUUUUCUGUUACAUAUUUCUGGUGGUUUCUAUGAUGAACUUUCUGCGGGACUUCCGUGUCUCCAGUUGUGACGACAACUGUGCAGAUCGACCGGUCUUCACUCCGUCCAGGCUGGUGGUGAAGUUUGGUGACCCGACCUCCGCCAGCUGCUCCGUGUGUGAGCAUGCUUGCAUCAACAACUUAUUUAAUUUGGAAAGCCCCGUUGGAGUCGCCACGAAGAACGGAACCACGAUGUUCUGGACAGUUGAGAGGCUGACUGAAUGGCGAACGUCUCCUUUGUGCUUCUAUAAUAACGAUACUGACUACCAGUGUUGUACCACUCUGAAUGUUACUGUCUACCAGCCUCCAAAUAAUGUGUCCGUCAGCUUUGUGGACCACACCGGGCCGAUGCUGGAGGGUCGGCAGUACACUCUGCAGUGUACGGUAGAGCAAGUGGCUCCUGUUAAAGACCUCGCCGUGACCUUCUACAGAGGUCACACCGCACUGGGUCAACGGCAGUCCAACAACAACAACAUGAAGCCAGUGACGGAGAGCUUCUCUUUCAACAUCACCCUGAGUAAAGAAGACGAUGGAGUCCAGUACUGGUGUGAAGCAAAGCUCGAACUGGGAGCUGGCGGACCACAGCUCCCUCCAGUGGUGACGUCACAAACCGUCACCGCCGCUGUGUCCUAUAAGCCUCAGCUGGAGGGCUCAUCGCAUCCAGAGCCAAUCACCGUCCAGGAGGGAGACCCUCUGCAGCUGAACUGCUCGGCCGUUGGAAACCCCGCCCCCUCGUACACCUGGACGCUCCCGUCGGGAAGCCCCUCCGCCUCCAACGGCAGCGUCCUCACCGUCGACUCGGCCACUUUUGCGGACGAGGGGAUGUACACCUGCUCCGUCGGCAACGUCAUGGGGACCGUCACCGUGGAGAUGAACGUGGACGUUCAAGCAAGCUACAUGGGAAUCCUGAUCGGCGUGAUGGUCGCCGCCGCCGCUCUGCUCGCCAUCUUGGGCCUGAUUGGAUACGCCUACUGCUACAAACCCAAUCGAACGGGACAGUACAACCCGAAGGACGUUAUUGGCUUGGGCGCGCGGCACUCUGCCCUUCCCACUGCAGAGUGAGCCCGCGUGGAAGGCAUGGGAAUGUGCUUGGACCUCUAUUGUUGCAUCCUUCCCUUCCCCUCAUUUCCUGUCAUUCCUCUACUGAUGACGCCAUCUGAUGACAUAAAGGGCCCCGAAUGAUACAAUUAGUUUAGUUUAGGUGUUGCUCGUUCGGGAGAGAUGCAAACAGCUCACAUCAUUUCAGUUCAUUUUCAUUUUAGCAGAGUUAAAAGCGCCGUCGUCUCGGCGUCUCACUGUUCUCCGUUUGCAUCUCUUAAUUCCUUAUUAAUCUGUCACGUCAUUUGCUUUUUAAGAACUACUUAGAAAUGCAGAAAUGUUGAUUCUCGCGCGUGCGUCAUGUCCUGAAACACUCAAACGUUUAAGCGAAUAUAAAAUAUCUCGGUUGCAUUAAACGCAUUGCAGCACCAGCUACUUUUUAUGCAGCAUUACAGUUUAUUGAUCACGGAUUUUGUCGAGUGUUGGGAGAUAAUUUGCAUACUGAUUGACUGUUUAGUUUUAACAUAUUAACAUAUUUUAAAUGAACUAUUUUAACUUGUCCAUGUAUUAUUCGGUGCUGGUUCGGUGGCACGUGGCUGAGAACACGCUGCCUGACUGUUUCUCUCUGUUGUAUCCUAGUCGUGUUACUGUGAAGCACUUCAUAACUUUAUGGAGAGAUGUGUUGUCAAUAGAAUCUAACUGUGAGAAAACAAACACGCUGAACUUCACGGCUGUGUGUUAAACCACUGAAAGCGUGUGCCUGAUCCUGCAGAGCCCACAGCUUCCAUGUGUGUGUGUGUGUGUGUGUGUGUGUGUAUGCAUACUUUAUUGGUGCGUUAGGUUAGUGACACUGGUAAAAACUGUAUAAUUAUGAACUGCGCACUGGAACUCCCAAUAUGAAAUACAUGCUUUGACCACGUUUAUUUUAGAAAUACAAAUACAUGAUCACUUUGUACAAUGAUGUCUCUUCUAUUGUUAUUCUUUUGCAUUUUUAAAGUCGUUGCAAAAACUUGCCGACAGUGUCAACACACCACAAAAAUGUCCACAUCAUUAUGUUAAAUAUUAAACAUGAUCUCAUUUUUA